AUGGGGGAGGACGAGUUCAGAAACUUGUUCCGCAUUAACCGCGCCAUCCUAGAUUACAUUGUAGUCGGGAUGGCGAUCUACAUGCAGCCGUACGUGGACAGAUAUCUCAUCAGCCACGAAGUGGCAUGCCUGGUCGCUAUCAAAUACCUGGCCACCGGCAUGUCGUUCGUGGACUUGUCUUCCGUCUUCGGCCUCUCCAAGACCCUGUGCCACAUGCUUGUUGACGCUCUGCUCAUGCACUUCCCCUCCGUCUUCAAGCAGCAGUGGGUCCACUUCCCGACCCGUGACGACCUCGACGAGAUGGCGGAGGAGUUCCGCGCCAUCAAAGGAGUUCCUGCUGUAGUGGGGGCUAUAGACGGCACACACGUGCACAUGAAGGGGAUGGAGGGGCACAGGCAGGAGUACUACACGCGCAAGUCAUGCUACGCCGUCCAGCUGCAGCUCACAUGCGACGCCCGCGGAAUCAUUUGGGACUAUUUGAUCGGAUACCCGGGCAGUGCACACGAUCAGAGGGUGUUCAUGAACAGCGCGUUACACGAAAGGUUGCACAAGGACGACAUAGCGCCAUACCAAAUAGUGGGAGAUGCAGCCUACCCACUCAAGGAUUUCUUCGCUGAUUUCAAGUGGGAGCCAUGCAACCCGAACACGCAGGCGAAUCUGCGAGAAGAGCGCAAGCGGCUGGGCGAGGCUCUGGAGUCGUCGUACCUCACUCGGCGGCGCCGCGAACCCACACCUCCUCGCCCGCAUCCGGGUUAG